AUGGCCAAAGAGGUUAUGAAAACACAUGAUGCCAUCUUUGCAAAUAGGCCUCAUCAUCUUUCUUCCAAAUCCUUUAGUUAUGAUAACACUGACAUUACCUUCUGUCCCCAUGGAAGCCAUUGGAGACAAUUAAAGAAGUUGUGCACGUCAAAGUUGUUAAAUGCAAAAAAAGUUCAAUCAUUCAGGCUCAUACGAGAAGAGGAGGUGUCAAAACUCAUUAGAAACAUAUUUGCAAAUGAAGGUUCAAUUGUGAACCUUAGUAUGCAAAUUGUGUUAAUGGCAAAUGAUAUAAUUUCAAGGGCAGCAUUUGGUAAAAAAUGUAGAGACCAAGUUGCUUUCUUUUCAGCAUUGGGACAAAUGUCAAAGAUGUUGGCAGGUUUCUCAAUUGUUGAUUACUAUCCUUCCAUCAAAGUGCUUCCUUUACUUACAGGAAUGAAAGCUCUAGUUGAAAGGGUGCGGAGAGAGAGUGACAGGGUCCUAGAAAAUAUACUCAAAGAUCUCGAGGAAAAUUAUAAGAGCAGCCACGGUGUAUUGGAGGAUGAUCUAUUUCAUGUUCUUCUCAAAAAUCAUAAGAUAGAUGACUUGGAAAAUCCCAUAACUCACAACAUCAUCAAAGCAAUAAUGUGGGUCAGUAAUUCAGUGUGCUAUUCAGUAUAUCAUUUUCCCUACUUGGUUUUAAAAUCGUAUAUGACUUUAUUUUUCUCCUGCAAAUAUACAUGA